UCUGAAUCAGAGCUUCGGUGCCCUCCUCCCCACGACACUACAUCCCAGGCUGCUGCCACUGCCUGUCAUUUCAGGAUGAAAGGGGAGACCCCUGUGAACAGCACUAUGAGUAUUGGCCAAGCACGCAAGAUGGUGGAACAGCUUAAGAUUGAGGCCAGUUUGUGCCGAAUAAAGGUGUCCAAGGCGGCAGCAGACCUGAUGACCUUACUGUGAUUGCCCACGCUUGUUGAGGAUCCCCUCAUCACUCCUGUGCCCACUUGAAACCCAUUCCGGGAGAAGAAGUUCUUCUGCUGCCUCCUCUGA